AUGGAGAAGAGUCGAAUUUCUUUAGCAUCGAAAGAAGAGAGGAGGAGAAAAAGUGAAGAAAGAAAACAGAUGAAAGAAAGAAUGGAGAAAGAAAUGCAAUUGCUAGAACAACAAAGAAUGUUACUCAUGGAAAAUAGAAAUAGGGAAACUAUUCAACAGAGCAACGAGAUGUUAAACGACAGCGAAGAAGAUGAAUAUGAAGGCGAAUGUGUAGAAGAAGAGGAAAGUGUAGAGCAAGAGAAAUUUGGGUACACUAAGUAUAUGCCCCAAGAACUCAAGGAUAUUGAAGCAGUGUUGUUACAAAAGCAGAAAGAAAGAAAUAAGUUGUGUAGUGAUGGAGACAUUGAUGAGAUUAUGAAAUCAAAUGAAAGGCAGCGGAGACGGUUCUUUAGUGAAAACGGUGUAACAAGAAUGAGUACAGUACCAGAUCUUGGAUCAUUUGAAAAAUACCAGGAUGAUGAAAUAGAAGAAACUGAUUCAGUGUUAGUAGAUACAAGUAUAAAAGGUUACGCAGUAGGAGGUCGAUUUUCAUACGAACAGGACCCUAAACGUGAAGAAAUGGAAAGAAAAAGAGACAUUAUGAUGAAAAUAAGAAAUAAGGAAACAAAAGAAAAAGAAAAGAUAACGUCAGAGAACAUUCUUGAAAAAUUAGGAUUACUUGAUGAAGAUAUUGAGAAUAGUAUAGCUGAAGAAAUAAAAAAAUACGAGAACCCGUUCCAGAAUACAAGAAGAGAAUUGUAUCAGGAUGAAUUAAAUGACAAUGAAGAAAGUGAGAAUAGGUCAGAGGAAAGAAACAAGGAAAAUAAAAGACCACUUUACAGUGAACCUGCGUAUUCUUCUGAGUACAGAGAAGCAAUGCAGAAAAUGAAAAGUAGGUCAAGAGAGCUUGACGAAAUAAAGAAAGGCCAGGAAUUGGAACUAAGUAAAAUGCUUGAACAAAAGAGACAAUUUAAAAUACAAAGACAGAAGAAACUUGAAGAGGAAGCAGAACUUCAGGAAAGCAUUGAAGAAUUAGAGCUGAAAGAAAAAGAAAUUAAGUUGAAUCAGUUAAAAGCGUCGAAAUUGAAGAUGGAAAUGGAAGCAAUUCGUAAAGAUGAUGAAUGCGUGAAAAAGAACCUGAAAAUCUUAAGAUUGAGACGUUGCGAGCUGCUUGAAAGAAUUCAGCUUAAAAAGACUUCACUUGAGACUGAAACCAAAGAAAAAUUAAAGAAACCGGAACCAAAGAAUGAGAGUGGUAUUUUGAAACAGGAUCAUGUUUUUGUUGGUAAACCUUUCGUUCCAGCAUUCGACGGAAAGAACUUUGAAGAUUGGAAGAUAGAAGUCGAAUGUCUAGUAAAGUCAAAGAUGUACCCUGAACCUUUACUUACGCAAGGUAUUCGGGCAUCCUUAAAAGGAAACACCAGACGAAGCUUACAGUCCUUGAAUCCAUCCGCAACCUCUGCUGAACUACUUGAAAAGUUGGAAGAGGUAUACGGGAGUUUAAAAGAGUCGGAUGCACUCAUGCAGGAUUUUUAUAGCUCGAAGCAGAAUCCGUCUGAGUCAGCUUCUGAUUGGGGUGUUAGAGUAGAAAAUCUAUUCCAAAAAUUGGUUCGAAAAGGAGAAAUAGAUACCAGCCAGCGAAACACAAUACUGAAGAGAAAGUUCUGGAGAGGGUUGUAUCGUGAUAAGCUACGUGAAGCGAUGCGUGUCUCUCAUGAGUCUACAGAUACAUUUGAGAUUCUGAGAAAGAAGACUAGAAAAGAAGAAGAUGAAAUGGAUAGUGAUUCCAAGGUCGUAUCUCAGAAUGAAACAGAACAUUCAUCAAAGGUCCAUCAGCCAAUAAGAACAAUUCAGAAUACGAAAGAGUCAAAACUAGAUACAGUACUCAACAGAAUGGAAGCUCUAGAGAGAGAGAUCCAAGAACUGAGACGUGAUAAAAGCCAAGGAGUUAAAGACAGAGGGGGAUUCUUUCGUGGAAGAUCAAGGUUCAGAGGCGGACGAGGAGAAUAUAGAGGUCGGGGCAGAGAUGGUCGAGAUGAAUCGCAGCGAAGAGAAAAUAAAAGAGAGCCACUAAAAGAGAAAUUGGACAAGCAGCAGCAAGAACUGACAAACCCAGAGAAAUCAGAUAAGAAAGAGCAGUUAAACGAGUAA